GGGGGGGAAGGAGUACGGAAUGGAAGGAUAUUGAUCGUACGAAGAGAACAAGUACGCGCAUGGCAGAUCCUUUCUGUCCCCAGCCUGCGCAGGCAGCGGAACUCUUUUCUAUCUGAAGUCUGAUAAGGUUGAUAGGCGAGAGAAGGAAUAAGAGCCAAAAGGAUUAUAUCGUAUAGAAUUUAGGGAUCAUUGCCCUUUGAGAGAACAAUAAAUAAUGUCAGACUGCGAGGACAGCGAGGAUUCCUGCGGUGAGGAGGAGGUGGUUCCCAAGUGGGAAGUACGAAAGGAGUGGCUUGAAAGCAUUUUUGAAAAGCAUUUCGAGGAACCAGUUUUUCUACCUGAAUUCGAAAUCAUUCCGAGAUGCACGUCGAACGACAGUGUUCUAAGCGAUAUAACGUACGCCAAAGUGAUAGUCUACACUAAAGCUGUUCGGCGCAGAAUAGAGAUCGUCAUCAAACGAUUACCGGACGAUCCCUUCAGUCGUUUCUUCGUGACCGAGGGUCAAUACGAUCUACGUGAAAUUAAAUUUUACACGCAGAUAAUACCGGACUUGAAGAAAUUCGAGGAUAAACAUACCAAGAUAGAACGAAUAAAUCUGGAUGAAAUUUAUGAUAACCCAUUGAAGGUACCAAUAUGUUAUUACGCUCAUUAUAGUCCGCCUGGUGGAACCGACGAUAGUCCUGUACCACCGGAAUCGAUUUUGGUUUUAUCCGAUGUUAACGCCAUGAGCGUUAAAUUCUCCGAAGGAUUGACAUUCGCUCAAGCAAAAGCAGCUUUAGAUUCGAUAGCCGGAAUACAUGCCCUAUCGCUCUGCAUGAAAAUAAUAGACGGGAAACCUUUGCCGGAACGUUAUCCGUUCCUAUUUCAAAAAGCUAAAGCGACAGAUUCUUAUCAACAGAUGGUCGAACGAGGAUUCUCUCAAUUGGCACACUUUUUAGAACGUGUACCAGGCCUCGAAACGGUCCUUGAAGCUCUUAUGGCACUUCGACCAAAAACCAAAGAUAUCAUCAUGACUCUUCUUGCUCCAGAAGGUCCAUUAGCCUUGAUCACGCAUACGGACUUCUGGUGUAAGAACUUACAAUUCGAUUAUCACCAGGUAUUGGGUACUAAGUGUUACAUUCUCGAUUGGCAAAUGGUCGCUUAUAGCAGACCAACCAACGACGUUGCAUUAUUACUGGUAAGUUCAUUGCCAAGCAAAUUACGUCGGAAACACACGGAAUCUCUUUUGGAUGCAUAUUGGAACGCUUUGAACGAAUCCUGCUUCAUUUACGGUGUUGACAUACCGAAAGAUCUGGGAUAUACGAGGAAAGAUCUCGCUAAGGAUUAUAGAAAAUCUCAAUUAUUGGCACUAUUACUUUGUAUCGGCUCUAUUGACAUAGCUUUGGGACAUCCUCAAACGGAACAACGUUUAAUCGAUGUCCUUCAAGAUCUUCAUAACGACGGCAUAUUAACCGAAGAGAUUGCAAUAACGACGACAGAAGCAGAAGCUUAAACAGCCUUCCUACCAACGAGCUAAAUUCCUUCUUAUUACAGUGAAAUGAAAAGAAAAGAAAAGGAAAGGGAAAGAAAAGAGAAAAAAACAUAUAAUACACGAGCAAGCUCUUCCAAAUGGACCGUUGGAAGGUUUGUGGCUUCCAAGCUCUCGCUUCGAAGAUAUGGUAGCAGAAUUUUUAUGUCGAUGUGUAGACUUUAAUGCCAGCAAUGAUUAUUAAAGCAGUAUAAAGAUCGGGCAAAAGAGUGAUAACCGAUUACACGAAUAUAACAAGUUAGAGGCCAGUACCGUAUCUCUUCUUUUUUUUACCACAACGAAAAGAAAAUGAAAGAAAGAAAAGAAAAGAAAAGUAAAAAAUUCAAACGAGAAAAGCGAGAGAGAAAAAGAAGACAACCGAGAAAAGAAAAAGAAAAAAAAAGAAGAGAGAAAACAACUUUCAAUUAAAAACUAUAAAGUGCGUAAAAUACGAAUUUGAUGAGAUAUCAUUGAACCGACAGUAGAUUUAACAUGCACUUUCAUAUUCUAUCAUGUGCUACACGAUCUUCUAUUCACAGCACGAUUUUACGAAGUCGGUAUAACCGUAAAAUUCAUUGAUAUUUCGAAAACGAAGGAGAAAAUAUACAUUUAGUCAAGACUGCUUUUUUCUCGAGCAUGACGUGUAUAUUAGGUAUUAAUGAACUUUUUAUCGACAACCUUAUAUAUAUCGUUUCGCCGAUACUUCUGCUACUGUAAACCUUUUUAAUAAUGUACCAUGUAUGUGUAUAUGGAUUGAGUUUUAUGACAUUUAUAUUUACAGCGUGCUAUUUUUCUGUGCAUCAAAUUGAAAUGUGUUUCUUAAUAUAGUAUUUUAUAUUCGUUAUAAGAGCGAAAUAUUUGUUAGUCAUCCUAAGAGAGAAUGAUAAUAAUACUAUUUAUGGGUGCUCCUCACUAUUUAUGGGUCAAGUACAUCUCACCGAUCAUAUUAUUCUAACGAAUUAAAAAAAUAAAUUAAUCUGUUUUGUAAGCUAAUUUCUUAUGUUAAUUAAAAAAAAAAAAAAAGAGAGA